CACAAAAGAACACACAUAAUUAAGAGUCUCUCUUUGGUUUGUUCUUGAAAGAUGGACGUAUUCGAUGGCCUUCCUGAUCCGAUCAUCGUCGACAUCUUGAACAAAGUUGGUGACGUUAGAACCAUACUUCGUUGUUCUUCUCUCUCCAAACGUUUCAACUCGCUUGUACCUCAGUCCGACUCACUCAUCCUCCGACUUGACCACUCCGACCCCGAUUCACCCGUCACCACCAUUUUCCAAUCUUUAUUCAACUCCUUUCAUGGCCUCAUCUCUCUUUUCUCCAAACCGGCUAAACCAAUCCCAACCACGGCUCUCUCUCCGAGUCUCCCUUUCAAGAUUCUCUCCCGGUUCGACAAGAUCCGGAGUUUGGACGUCGAGCUUCCCGGUGGCGAUGUAAAUCUCGAGAAAGGCGCCGCCGUUAAGUGGAAAGCCGAGUUUGGGAAAACCCUCGAGAGCUGCGUCGUCGUUGCUUUCCGUUCCGCCGGGACCGUGUCUCCUCCCGUCGCGGUCAACGGUGAGUCAGACGCCGAGUUCGUGACUGGACUGAAGACGCGCGUGGUGUGGACGAUAAACGCGUUAAUGGCUGCGUCGACACGUCAUUACUUGAUGAGCGAAGUCGUGAAGGAGCACGAGGAGAUGGAGAGUUUGGUUAUACGCGACGUGGAAGGAGAAGGCACGGUGGUGAUGGACGCUGAAGGGCUUAGAGAGUUUAGAAAAACGGAGGCGGCGCGUGGGGAAGAAGACGAGGAGCGCGUUGUGAAAAACCGGAGGAGUGUGGUACCGAGCGUGAGAAUGAGUAUGAGACACGCGCCGUCGCUUAAGCUAAAGAGUGGUGUAUGUUUAGAAUCCGCGACGCUCGUGAUCGUCCGACCAAGCGGAGUAGAUUACGACGUCGGAGAUGAUGCUGAGCUGGCGACGGAAGCUUUCGCCGGAAACUGUAUGUACGGUGAAGCCGUCGCCGCAUUGUUAAAGUGCAAGAAGAGCGCUCUAGAGAUGAAUUCAUUUUAAAAACUCUUGUUGGGCCUUGUAAAUUGGCCUUGUAAAUGGGCCUUGCGGAUGCUUGGAAAAUAUGUUUUUUUUUCUUUUCCGGUUACGUGUGCCGUUUGCGCAUUUUUAUGUUACGGUGUACAAAUUGAAUUGAAGAUGGCUUUACAA